CUCUCACCGCCUUAUCUCUCGCGACCUCCGACGGACGCGCACGCACGCCGCGCACCGCACCGCCCGCGCCCGCUCCCACGCCGCGAUCGCGCUAUGCCGUAUUCUCGACGACCAAUUUAUGUGCUUCCUCACUUAUACUUAUUUUGUUAUCGAUGUGCAGGACGCGGCCCGGAAAUGCGCCAGUGAACCCGUUGUUUAUAAAUUAGACUCUUUAUUACAUUAUUGUCGUAAAAUCGUAUCAUAAUAUAAAUAAAGUUGAGGCGGGCUUGUCUAUUUAAAAAGUUGAGACUUAACGACGAUGGUGUCUGAGGGGGCUUUGCCCGUGGUGUGGUGUAUUCGCGAUAAUCAACUUGUGCCGCACCAGGUAUCCGGCGUGAAGUUACAAGGCGCUGUGACAGGAGCGCACAUAGCUGCCGUAACGGACUUCCUUCGUAUGGUCGCUGGAACUCCGAUUGUUCUGCCACACACAACUGUUCCAGAAGAUAUCGAAAAUGACAUUAAUCAAGAAAAGGAAAAUUCAACCAGGAGACGCAAAAUGUCCAUGCAAGUUGAGGUGCCUUGUGUCUUCCUCUCUGAAAGUGCGUUACAGAAAGCGAAAAGCCGUAAUAAUUCCCGAGAGGAGCCGGUAACUCUUGAUAAUUGUAAUAUCCCUAAUAUAGCCAAAAGAUUUUUAGAUAUAGAUAAUAAAUCUUCUUUCCUUAGCUCAACGGAUAUAUUAGAAAGAAUAGAUCCCGAAGAGCGUGACAUGGAAAAAGAUAAUUUGAAAUCGUGCCCAAUGGACAGUCCCCUAGCAAGUGGGGAUAAUUGUCCUCAAAGAAUAACGAGGAUUAUAGAUCUUGAUGAUUUAAAUAUAAAUACUUCAUGUGCAGAGGCAGAACGAGAGCCAACACAAAGGAUAACCCGAAUUAUUGAGUUUGAAAAUGAUACGUUACCUUUACCGCAUUGUAUAGAUACAGAUAAUGAAGCGCCACAAAGAAUUACAAGAAUUAUAGAAUUAAACAAUGAUAAUUCAGUAUCAACUAUUACAAAUAAUGUAGACAUUGAAAAAGAAUGUCCCCAAAGAUUAACUAGAAUAAUUGAACUAGAAAAAGAAAACAAUUUUCCAAGUAUGGCAAGAAUAAUAGAAAUGGAAAAUGACAUUUCAAACGAACGAAGGAUUUCUCUGACAAACGAACGAGAAACUGGUGGUGGCGUAGUAGAGAAUUCUACUGAUGAAGUUACUGUUAGGUCUAAAUUUAUACAUAGAAGUGCUCCUAGGUUUAGUCUUGACUCUUCGUGCUCCGAAAACUCUUAUGUGAAUAUUGACUGUAUAAAGAGUUUGCAGGAUGUUAGGAAAGAGGACAUUGUAGAAGGCGGCGCGAGCCCUGAACCUUCGCCUGCAUGUAGGUUAGUCCGCUCUCGAUUUCCAAGGAAAAAAACCUCAGUAUGUUCGAUCGGCUCCUCGGACUGUGACGAUGAGGUAGAUGUUAUAUUUAAAUCUAAACCUAAAUCUAGUCAAUGGGUAAGUUUGGAUUGGAUACCUCCACCACCCAAAGAAGAGCCAGUGAUUACACAAGUCUGUGAUAAAAAUGAUUUUAUAACAAAGUGGAUAGCAGAUCAAAACUCUCAAGAUUCUGUUAUAAUUGCUGACGAGAGGCGGAAAAGUCUGCCACCAAAAUCAAACGAAGUUUAUCUUCAAAACAUGAGAAGAUUUAGCGACGGUUUGCAAAUUUGCAAAGAAGAUGCUGCUAGCGAUUCACCGGCGACGGUAAAAUGGAAAUGGCAUGAUAUUGUUAAACGCCAUAUCCAGUUAUUAAAAAACGAUAAAGGAUUCCGGCGGCAAAGGGGCAGCUGGAUGAGAACGGCAAGACGGCUUUCGGGAACAAAUAUCAGCAACAAAAAUGCAGACGCCGUGCCGUUCGACGCAUACAUGAAGCUAAAUACCAUGCCAUGGUAUUUCCGGAAAAUAAAACGAAUCGAAGCUGAAAAGAAAUUGCUGUUACCCGAAAAUGAACACGGAGCUUUCCUUAUUCGCGACUCCGAGAGUCGCCACAAUGAUUUCUCAUUAUCAGUGCGGGACGGGGACACGGUCAAACACUACCGUAUUAGACAAUUGGACGAGGGAGGGUUCUUCAUCGCCCGCCGCACAACCUUCCGCACGCUUCAAGAACUCGUCGAGCACUACAGCAAAGACGCGGACGGCCUCUGCGUGUCACUCAGCAAACCCUGUGUACAGGUUGAGAAGCCGGUGACAGAAGGUCUGUCGCACAGAACGCGUGACCAAUGGGAGAUAGAUCGUGCAUCGCUGAAGUUCGUGCGAAAACUCGGCCAUGGACAGUUCGGCGAAGUCUGGGAAGGAUUGUGGAACAACACUACCCCAGUCGCUGUCAAGACGCUCAAAUCUGGAACUAUGGACCCCAAAGACUUCCUUGCAGAAGCGCAAAUUAUGAAGAAGCUCCGGCACAACAAAUUGAUUCAGUUGUAUGCCGUAUGCACACUGGAAGAGCCUAUAUACAUUAUCACUGAACUCAUGAAGCACGGAUCCUUGCUGGAUUAUUUACAAGGAAAAGGUCGCGGCAUGAAGCUGCAACAGUUGAUAGACAUGGCUGCCCAGAUAGCGGCCGGCAUGGCAUAUCUAGAGUCUCAAAACUACAUUCAUCGCGAUCUCGCCGCCAGGAACGUGCUCGUCGGCGACUCUAAUAUUGUUAAGAUCGCAGACUUCGGCCUCGCGAGACUUAUCAAAGAGGAUGAAUACGAGGCGCGUGUCGGAGCUCGAUUCCCAAUCAAAUGGACUGCUCCGGAAGCAGCCAACUAUAGCAAAUUCUCCAUCAAAUCUGACGUGUGGUCCUUCGGUAUUCUACUCACAGAGCUUGUGACUUACGGGAGAACGCCUUAUCCAGGAAUGACUAACGCAGAGGUUUUGCAUCAAGUGGAGCAUGGAUACCGUAUGCCGUGUCCGCAGAACUGUCCCGCUGCCCUCUACGAGAUCAUGCUUGAGUGCUGGCACAAAGACCCGCUCAAACGACCCACGUUCGAAACUCUGCAGUGGAAGCUCGAGGAUUUCUUCACCAUGGACAACUCCGAGUAUAAGGAGGCGUCCACCUACUGAGCCCGGCCCUCCCUGCCGCCCCACCGACACGCACACUCGCAUCACACUCCGGGCCUGUACCAUAUGCCGCCGGAACUGCAGAUGUUGCACAACAGCGCAUCACUCCAGUAUCUGCAGAUGCACUCGAUGGCGACGCCGCUGGCGGCCGCGCAUCCAGUGCACGCGGCGCACCCCGUGCACCCCGCGCAUCCCGCGCACGCGGUGCACCCGGCGCACCCGGCGCACGCGGCACACCCG